AUGAAGAAGAGGCCAGAGCUCCAACAACACCAAGACUUUGAAGUUCUGAAAGCUGUUGCACAGGCAUGGUACAGCCACUCCGGCACUUGCAAGCCCAUGAGCGAAUUUGAAGCUCACAGAAGAAACUUCAGAGGCAAGCCUUCAAGGUUUAAGCUUGAAGCAUUGAACAAGCCACAAGCUUCUUCUUCUAGUUCUAGGGACACUUCUACUUACUGGGAUUUUCAGCAGUCACUUUGGGACUCCUAUGAGCUUGUCACAGUGUCCAGAAGGAUUGAGACUGGGUUAACUUUGGAUAACCCUUUUGAUGAAUUGUGUGGUUCCCCUCCAAUCCAACAAAAGCGCAAGCCUGAGAGUAAGAAUAGCCUCAGGAACCUGUUCAAUCUUAUGUCUUCUAGGAGAUUUAAUGCCCCCAAAAAUAUUCCACACCAAAAAUGA